AUGGCACUCUUGGACUCCCUCAACCGGCGCAUAAAGGCCCGCGUGGACGACGAUGACCCCGAAGAGUACUCAGAUUUGUCCUCGUCAGAGCAAGAUGGGUCAGAUGCUGACUCCGACGAACUAGAGGGCUCUGAAGCCGCAAGCGAUGGAGGAUCGGACGAUGAGGAGCUAUCCGACUCCUCCGCUCCCGAAGACACCGCCAUCGACGCCUCGCUCAACCAAAUCUCCUUCGGCGCCCUCGCCAAAGCUCAAGCCUCCCUGGGCCUAAGCAGCAGCAGCAGCAACAACAGGCGAAAACGUAAACUAUCCACCGACAAAGAACAGGGCCCAUCUCCCCUUGACGACAUACGCGCCCGCAUCCGUGCCACACGCGAAGAAAAAUCCAAAUCCACCGCCUCCACCACGACCAGCAAAGAUAAAAAAGACCUUCCCCACCGCUCCUCCAAACACGCACCCACCGUUCAAUCCUCCAAGCACGCCGUCUCCCGCAAGCGCACCGUCGUCGACGCAACCGCCAUCUCGGGUCCGAAAGCCCGCGAUCCGCGCUUCGACAGCGUCGUCCUCUCACACGGGACCUCCAAUCCGCAAGCUCUCGGCAACGCCCAGGCCGCCGCGGCCAAGAACUACUCCUUCCUCAACGACUAUCGUGAUGCGGAACUCUCCUCGCUCAAGCAACAACUCGCCAAGGCCAAAAAUCCGGCCGAAAAGGAGCAGCUCAAGCGCACUAUCCGAUCCAUGACGGAUAAGAUUCGAACAUUCGAGCGGAAGCAGAGAGAGAAGGAGGUGGUGGCGCGGCAUCGGCGGAGGGAGAGAGAUUUGAUUCGCGAGGGGAAGAAGAGCACGCCGUAUUUCUUAAAGAAGGGGGAUGUGAAGAAGGAAGUGCUGAAGCAGAGAUAUGAAGAGAUGGGGGCGAAGGACCGGCAGAAGAGCAUUGUGAGGAGGAGGAAGAAGGUUGCGGCCCGGGAGAGGAGGGAGAUGCCUGAUAUGAGGAGGACGGGGUGA